CCUAACUCAACUCUCAGUGCACACACACACACACACACACACACACACACCCCUGCUGAGGAAAACUGAGGGAGGCAGAGACUGGAGGAACGCGGCUCUGUUGUUGUGGUCACUCCGGGAACAUGGAGAGGCUGGAGUGCAGGAACUGACCCGCUGUCGUCGGGAGGACAGGAGUACAUGAGGAAGGGCUUCUUCAGAGCGGAUCAGGAUUAAAAGAUAUUACUGGUUUCUGAUGGCUCCUUUGAAUGGACGACAUUGCCUCUUUGGGCAUAAACUAAGGAGCCGAGGGCUGCAUGGGUCCAGUGGUCAUGCCCCCAGGGAAGAAGGCGGAGGGUCCCAGCAGCGGGAGCGUGGCGCGGGGUCUGAGUCAGCUGUACCAGGACACCGAGGCAGCUGACCUCUCUCUGGCCCUGUCUGCCUCCCUCAGCCGGGCCGAGGACGAGGAGCUGACCAGCCUCAGCUGGCUGCACGAGAGCACAGAUCUUCUGACCAGCCUGGGUCACUCGGGCCUGCGCAGCGUCAGCCCCCUGCAGGACUCUAACGGAGGCCACGAGCCCUCCUCCUCGCCGUCGUCCUCCCCUGAGCCCAGCGAGCCACCGUACCACCUGUCCACGGGUCCCAGCCGCAAACCGCCCUACUCCUUCAGCUGCCUGAUCUUCAUGGCAAUAGAGGACGCUCCCUCCAAGCGACUUCCUGUCAAAGACAUCUACGGCUGGAUACUGGAGCACUUCCCCUACUUCGCCAGCGCCCCCACUGGCUGGAAGAAUUCAGUGCGUCAUAAUCUGUCACUAAACAAAUGCUUCAAGAAGGUGGAUAAGGAUCGCAGUCAGAGCAUAGGAAAGGGUUCUCUCUGGUCUAUUGAUCCUGACUACAGACACAAUCUGAUUCAGGCGCUGAAGAAGACUCCAUAUCAUCCGUAUUCCCCUCGGCUUCCAAAACCUUCUACCUCCCCGUCUGACUCUCCUCAGCAAUACCACAGUCCUCCACUAUGGCCAGGAAGUCCACUCUUCAGAAAGAAUGGAGGAGUGCUCUUACAAGUUCCUCAGAGAGUAAUACAGCACAGCUCACGGGUGGCUGCUCAGGGGCUCUUUCCGGUUAUCAGACCCCUUCCUUUGAGUCCUGUGAGCAAGAGGACCACAGCCGUGAGAUCAGCCCUGGGCGACUAUCUGACACGGGGUAAAAACAGUCUGCUCUCUGACUCUCCUCCACCCAGCGAUGAUCAGGAGGAGGACCACACGUACAGCAGCUCGCAGUCCCUAAAUACAACGGGGGACAUUUCUUCCUCCACUCAGGGUUCCCUCUCUGUCUACAGCCCCGGUCAGGAGGUGACACUCACUGAGGUCAAGGAGGAGCAAAAAGACUUCCCGCUGGACGCCACACCACCUCCUUCCCAGCUGCUCCAGCGCAGAAGACUGCUGUGGACCAAAGGUCACCUGCGGACCCCCGGCGACACGCUUCCCCUGAAGAAGAGACGGGCGGAAAAACUCCUGGUCAAAGAGGAGGAGGACGAGGAGAUGAAGGAGGCGGCGGGGUCGUUGCUUCACCUGGCCGGCGUGCACUCCGGUGUGAAUAAAAACACUCUGCGUACAUGCAAGAAAGAGCUGAAAGAGGAAGCCGAUGAUUAGCAAUGAACGAAAAUCCCGUUAACACAGAUCUAAAUACUUCUGUUCCAGGAUAUCAGGUGAAUUCUAGUCAGUUGUUGCAAUAUCAAUAAAAUCACUGUUGUCCCUUGUCAAAUCUGAUUUCCAGGGUGAAAGAUUCUCAUGUUCAUGUUGUUUUGUGUGAGUGUGUGUGUGUGUGUGUGUGUGUGUGUGUGUGUGUGUGUGUGUGUGUGAAGAGGGAGAAAAGCCAUAGUAAAAUUUGGGUCAUUUGAGUGAAAAUGUUUUUUCUUUUAAUUCCUCAAGCCUACCGAACAAUUGAGAUGAACUAAUUAUGUUGUAGCAAUCCUUCUAGUUCACAUCAGAAAGCUGCUCUCAAGUGUGCCAAAGAUAUGAAACCUGUUGAUGAAAGUGCAGCUAAUACAUGCACACUUGUUAAGACCAAUAAUUGGUUCAAAAAAUAGUGAUACCAACCUAUAUUACAAAAUAACAUCCGAUGAAUAUCUGGGUCAGUGACGUGACACUCAGUUGUCUUUGUCUGGGUUUAUUGAUUGAUUUAAAAAUACGUAGUUCAUACAUACAGAGGUUUUUUUCUGAAUUAAAAGUGGCAGUUUUUGAGGCAUACAGUUAAAAAUGUCUGUUUGAUACAGCUGUACUAAUUAAAAGUAAUAUGGCAUUACAUUUUAUUCCUUUAAAAAUAAUAGUAUUUUAUUAAAGUCAUAUUAUAAUAAUGUUAUAAUAUCUAUUUUUGGUCUGCAAAAAUGCAACAACAUCAAACUCAUAUGAUUGUGUCUAUGAGACUUAAAGAUGAUUUGCCAAAUUAUGACACGUUUCAUUAAAAAAAAAAAAUCAUAAUUUGGAAAACGUUUUUUCAGAGACUACAUUUUUUUUGAGGUGUAAGGAAAAUAUUUGUGUAAUUAACCGUGACACCACAUGAUGUCAAGAAAUAAGUCAGUGACCCAUUUAUUUAUUAAGCAGUAAAUGUUUCGUAUAAAAUGGCCUGUGUCCAGUGGAUAACAAACGUAAAGGUCAAAUGCAAUAUUCCAGUUCUCUCUUACAUGCCUGGUAUUUAAAACAUUUCUGCAGUUAGGUCUUAUUUGAAGCACACUAAAACUAAUCUAAUAAAGCAAUGUGUCACAAAUGCCUAUUGUGUUGCCAAAUGUUGGUGUUUUUUAAGAUUCUUUAAAAAAAAUGUAAUCUUCAUCACAAUCCAAGCAAUUUGUCCUGUCAGGAUAACACUGUAAAAAGUUACUCCCACAGAAGGCAGUUUUUGCCUGUUUUUCAGUUAUAUUGCAUGGGUGCUUGUACAUAAGAAAGAAGUAUUUUCUUUUCUAAAUGAAAGAUCGUGUAAGAUAGAUAUUUAGCAUGAGGCAUGGCUUAUUUUCUUACAAGAAAACAGAGAGGCUUCUCUAAAAGCGUAGGUUUCUUUCUUUACUCUCUCUUUUUUUAAAGCUGUAUUUCUCUUCUGCGGCAGACAACUCUUCCAAAGGAAGAGACUUCACGGAAACCCAUUAAUGAACAGAUCUGCCUUGUAUUGAAUAUCAGGUGAAACUGAUUUUGCCUUUUUCGUGGUCCUCUGUUUGGUGGUCCUUUUCAAUUCAUCGAUGUAAGUGUUCAAAUGUUGUUAAUAAUCAGUGUUGGAUGACCCAUCACUCUGUACACCCUUUAAGGUUGUGCCUGCCUUUAGUUGAUGUGCUUGGAUGUGUCUUCAGUUCUUUUGUACCGGUUCCAUACUCGGUCAUUUUCAUUGUGCAGUCUGCAGCAUUGAUAUCAUAAAUUGUACUGAAAUAGUUUGACAAGGAAUUAGAAUUGGCUUUUGGAUAAUCCCUUAUUGGCGCGAUACUUCGCUAUUGACCUUGGCUUGUCCGUUUCCUUUAUUUUUUGCUUCCAACCCUCGAAAUCUGUGCAUCUGAAUGUCCAAGUGUGCACGGGGGUCCUACAGUCAUCUUAAAAGGAAUAGUUCACUCUAAAAUAAAAAUGUAGAUUAGUUUGCUGCUUCUUUUGAACAGAUUUAAAGAAAUUGAGCAUCGCACCUCAAUGGAUCCUCUGCAGUGAAUGGGUGCCGUCAGAAUGAGAGUCUGAACAACAACACAAUAAUCCACAUUCCCUCCAGUCCAUCAAUUAACAUCUUGUGAAGUGAAAAGCUGUGUUUGUGAAGAAAAAAAAAACUUUUAAAAAUGGCACAUAUUUCUCUCCUGAUUCAGACAAGAGGAGUUUUUCACUGGAGAAAGCAAUAUUAUGGAUUGAGGACUCAUAUGACAUUAUUUGCUUAUACAAACAUGCAGAUUUUCACUUCACAAGACAUUAAUUGAUCGACUGGAGUCAUGUUGUGGAUUACUGUGAUGUUUUUAUCCUCUGUUUGGACUCUCAAUCUGACGGCACCCAUUCACUGCAGAGGAGCCAGUGGUGAGAAAGUGAUGUAAUGCCACAUUUUUCCAAAUCUUUUCAACAAACAAACUCAUUUACAUCUUGGAUGGGCUGAAGGUGAAUAAGUUGUCCAUGAAUUUUCAUUUUUUUGGUGAACUGUUCUUUUAACAUUGUUUUGAAAGCUGCUAGUGGACAUCUGUCAGCAUCAUUCAGAUAUUUGCUAUGCAGCAUCUAUCACAAUGUUUACACUCCACUUGCGCUUUAUGUAUGAAUCGCUUUCUGAAUGUUAUGUGUCCCCCAGGGGGAGCUGAGCACAGAUAUAUUAAACAUUUCAGCACUUUUUUCAAUAGUAAGAUAGGACUGCUUGUCUUCGGCAGGGGGUCUAGUGAUGGAGCGGCACUGUAAGUGUGAGUACGAUGUAAAAUUAGAGACGUACAGUGGGAUGGCCCUUCUUUAUUUGAUCCACAUAUAGGCAAUAAGCUGCUGCUAUGCUGUUUUGCUUGAAAGUGAUUCCAGUCCCAAAAUAUGCCAUUUGUUUUGUGUGCCCAAAACAUCUGAUUUAAUGGCUAAGAUUCAUACAAAUCCAUAUAAGACAAAAGGGGGAGAAAAGUAUGCAUGAAUUGUUUAUUGGAAAACAUUCACUGCCUCUGAAAUUAUGUGUGAAGUAAUAUAAGGGUUUUGUCAGUGUUGAUGAUGUUUGUUUUUGCCAAAUAUGUUUUCGUCCUUGUACUUGCGUAUGAUUUUUAGAGCACAGUGGAAUCAUGAUGAAUAUGUAUUUGACCAGGUCUAUUUUCAAUACACUCAGAUGCCAAUGCUGUACGAGUAUAAAGCUGUCUAUUUCCUUGGUGUGCAAUCAUAUUGCCAAAGAACAAGAUCAAACUAUUUCAUCAAUACAUGUAAAUAACCACGUCGUCUGUAUGACAAUAAAUGUCACAUCAUGUUGUUACUUUUUCACAUAUUUCUCCUGAAACUUCAAAUAAUGUUUAUGUAAUGUAUUGUCUUCCAGUUGCAAUAAUAAAAAUAUCAGAGUUUUAAA